ACUACAUUAACUACCUAACAUAGGAGUGGAUUCGUUUUUCUGUCUGGAGGUCCGCGGGCGGUUUGCGACGCAGAAGUCAAUCGAAAGGGAUUAACUAGCUAGCUUGGUUGCUAGCAGAUAAACUUCCUUUAGAUGUUGGGAUUUGCGCCAAAUUGUGCACUUUGAACAGCGCCGACACACAGAGCGAGCAAUAGAGCCGAAACCCCAGCUGUUGCCAUGGCAAUCCUGUUUGCAGUGGUGGCUCGUGGGACCACCAUCCUUGCCAAGAACGCCUGGUGCGGUGGCAACUUCCUGGAAGUGACCGAACAGAUAUUAGCCAAAAUCCCAUCGGAGAAUAACAAAUUGACCUACAGCCAUGGCAGCUAUCUCUUUCAUUACAUCUGCCAUGACAGAAUUAUAUACCUGUGUAUCACCGAUGACGACUUUGAGAGGUCGCGUGCAUUCAGCUUUCUCAGUGAAGUCAAGAAGCGCUUCCAGACAACGUAUGGGUCACGAGCGCAAACGGCCCUGCCUUACGCCAUGAACAGCGAGUUCUCCUCAACGCUGGCCGCUCAGAUGAAACACCACUCGGACCCACGAGGAUCAGAUCGCAUCACUGAGACUCAGAUGCAGGUGGAUGACCUGAAAGGCAUUAUGGUCCGCAACAUAGACUUGGUAGCUCAGAGAGGAGAGAAGCUGGAGUUGCUGAUUGACAAGACAGAAAAUCUAGUUGAUUCUUCGGUCACAUUCAAAACCACGAGUCGUAACCUGGCACGAGCCAUGUGUAUGAAGAACCUCAAGCUGACUAUUGUCAUUGUGCUGGUGUGCCUGGUGAUCCUUUACAUUAUCGUUUCUGCUGCCUGUGGAGGCCUCAGCUGGCCCACAUGUGUUAAUUGAGGGAAGAGGGUGGGGGAGGAAGAGGGGGGAGAUGCGCCUGUUCAACCCCGCCUGCCAGUGGACACAAAAGGAAAGCUUCCUUCCCCUACUCCUUGAGCUUCAACAGACCGGCAGACACACGCUGCUCCUCCUCCUCCUGCAUCCUAUCUCGCCCCUUUGAUCGUGUGCACAUUGACUUGCCUUCUGGACAAAAAGUCCCACAUCAUACCCACAUUAAUGGACAGCAGCCACGUGGCCUAAAACUGAUGUGUAACCACAAUCUUGUCUUAUACUAGUCUGGUACAUUCAUUCUGUCUCAUGCACUUAGUGGCCUGAUGUAUCAGUUUGUGAUACUGCCCUGCACCUCUCUAUGUACCAUAAUGAACCAUACAGAUAGCAGGUAGCUUUGUCAUUGUCCUGCUUUUCUUUUGAAAGUGGCAUAUGGGACCUGCAAGUAUAAGUAGCAUGUUGCAGAUCCAUAGAGAAGGAAUUCCACAAUACAUUGUCAGGUCCUCUGUUAUAGUUGAAAACUAAUCUUUGACAUAAACCAACACAGUAUACAGUAUGUCUUAUGUGGCAAGUGUCUAUUGAACCAUGUUGGUGUCUCGUGAAUUUGCUCGGAAUCACAGAUUUUCUGAUUUCCUUCAUGUUUUAUCGCCAAGCACAGUCGUAUAUUCAAAAAUGGAUGUUGUAAAAUAGCAGAUAUGAUCACACAAAUAAAUAUUGUAAAUUUGAUUAAUA